AUAAUUAAUUACCAGAUAUAGAUGCUUUCCCAAUUCAAGCAAGAACGUACACUACAGGAGGAGCUUGAAAUUGAAAGCGGCCUUAUUAACAAAUAAUUUCCUUGCCAUAUAUUUCAUACAUUUAUUUCUCCCUCAAAUCUAUAGCCUUACUAACCACGUUAGAAUCUUUAGAAUUAUAGUACUGUAGUUGCUUCCAAAGCUGCAUACAAACUCUCUGCUAUCCAUACAGUUACAGAGGCAACUCCAAGAAGAUCUCAACUUUUCUGGUUUCUAAAGAGACUCAUUUGUUUUUGGCCAAUUGGGUGCUGGUAUUUUGGUUUAUCUUCUUGCAAGAACUGAAUCUGGUUGGGUUUUUCGGUUUAGGCUUUGAUUUUGUUACCGCAAUUGUUUAAUAGCCAGAAAUCCCAGAAGAUUUUGACUGGAAUGGUAGCUCAAGCGUGCCUCUUAGAUGAGGUGAAUUGGCUUUUUUGAUGGAUGUAAAAGGAUGCUGAUUAUCUCGGAAAUGAGUCGAUCACCUUCAUUUUCUGUUAAACAGGAGCUUAGUUUAAAGACUGAUCUGGAAUCUCUGCAGCAAUGGGCUGUUGCCUUCUGCAUCAUUAGAUUUGAUCUUGAACAAGGUCAGCUCAUUGAAGAGUGUUAUCCACCUGGUUCUCUCUCAAAUGAAGAGGAACUUGAUGUUGCUUUUAGUUCAUUUCCAGAUUCUGUUUCCCAGAACCAGAACCGUUCAAGCAUUCAUGACUGCAUAUUCUUUUUUCGCAUCCAAAGGCGGAAGAACACUGAACAAGGAAAUGUGACUUCUUCUGAGGUAGUAGGAAUUGAUGAUGAAGAAGAAUCUUCAAAGUCCAUGAAAGGGAAGGUGAUUAAUAGGAGAAAAAUUAGAAAUGGUACCAAAGGUUUGAAAUACUUGUAUGGUUUUGUAUUUAAUAGGCAGCGGCAUGAUGAGAAGCUAAAGCGAGGUGGAGAACAGAAAUCUGUGGUGAUAUUGUCUCAUAAUCCUUACUCUAGUGUGUUUAGGCCUUUGUUACAAAUUAUGGGUCCUUUAUAUUUUGAUGUAGGAACGAAAGCUCUUGAGCAUAUUGCUGCUUAUGUUUCAAUGUGGCCUACUCCUGUACCCGGUAAACAAAUGGAGCUUCAUAUUGGGAAUGCCAUGCUUAAAGUUAGCCUGCCACCCGCUCAUAGUCUGCCCUUUGAAAUUGGGAUUUUUGAAGAAUCUGCUUCUGCCAUGGCACCUUUUCUUCCAUCCAAUCAGUUAAUUCCACAGGGUCUUUUUCAUGAUUCAGAUAUUUUUGGUACAUUCCGGGGGAUCUUAUUGCAGCUCUGGUUGUUAUGGGAGUUAUUGCUUAUCGGUGAACCUAUUCUUAUCAUAGGACCUACACCUCCCCAGUGCUGUGAGGCAGUUGCAAGUCUAGUCAGUUUGGUCGCACCACUGCCAUGUAGUGUUGAUUUUAGGCCAUAUUUCACCAUCCAUGACCCUGACUUUAAGCAUUUGAAUUCACUUAAAGAAGGAGACGCAUUCCCUCCAAUGGUUUUGGGUGUGACGAAUCUAUUUUUCCUUAAAGCACUUCGUAAUAUUCCCCACAUUGUUUCAGUUGGCAGCCCUGCUUCUAAUUCUAACCGGGUUAGUAGGUCUUCUGCUAGCAGAAUUCCUGGAAGACCAGAAGGAUUUGGUCUUCAGCAGCUUUCCUUGAAAAAGUUCUCUCCUUCAAGUUUGUUGAGUGCUGUUAAGUUGAGGAGAGAUGGUCCGCUAUGCCUCAUGACAGAACACAAGGAAGCUGUUUGGAGUACCUAUGUAGCUUCAACUAAGCCUGACACUUCUAUCUUGAAUAGGCUCAUUGAUGCUGGGAAGUCACCGAGGGUUGAGGAGUCAAUGUCAGUUGUUAACAAUGAAAUAUUGCGCCGUCAUUUCUUGGAGCUCACCACAAACUUCUUGGCUCCUUUUGGCCCAUAUUUUAGGGCGAGCACUCCUUCUGAAGGAUCUCUUCCAUUCAUUGACCCUCCCCCUCUUCCUCCAUUCGACGUCGAAGAAUUUCUGGCAAACUUAUCAGCAAGAGGUGUGGGGAAAUUUUUGUCAAAGCGGAUGAAAUCUAAUUGGCUGGAUUUAUACAAGAGGUUCCUGAAAGGGCCCAACUUCAUGCCAUGGUUUCAAAGGAGGCGUACUGUUGUUGAACAAGAACAACAUAGGCUCUGGAGGCAGGCAAGAAUGAAAGCUGACAUACAGCUUCUCAUGUCAAAAAUGUCAGAAUUGGAAAUUGUUGAUUCUUUCAAUUCUAUUGAAAGACAUCUCCAUGGAGAAAUUCUGAUGGAGAAGUCAGGAAGGGCUGGUGUAGACUUUGCAGAAACUUGCCAGAAAUUGAAGAAAGAUCUGCAGGCAGUGUUCGAUGUCCUUCCUAAAGACAUGCAGCAGCUUUUGCUUAUGAACCCUGAAAGAGCAGCUCUUUUACAAGUAAGUUGGGAGCCAACAAAACUUACUGGCCACCCAUCCUUAAUAAUUGGGGCUGUAUCUUCCAGAUCACCAAGAUAAAUGCAAACCAUGGAUUGGAACUUGGUGGCUCCUGUUAUAUGGAAUCUUCUCACACUGCUGAAGGCGGGCAUCGCAUGUAACUAUGUUGUAGUGUCCUUCAGUAACUGGAUUGGGGAUAUUUUCUCCCACUUGGGACGUGCUUCUUCUUCUUGGUGAGAUCACUUCAUCCUCACUAUAUUUCUGUCUUAUUACAGUCUUCCAAUUUGCUUAUCAUUUCCCUUGUUUUGAAUCUUGUUCCAGGUGUGAGAAUCAAAGUCGGUCUUUCACUCCUCAUUUUAGAUCACUUCUUCUGCAAUCCUACACAUUUUAUUGCUGUAACUUUUGGGGGAGAUUGGUCUUUGAAUAUCCAAAAAAACGAUGAGCAUUGAUGUUUUUGUUCACCAACAGUCUGUUAGGCAUCAGCUAUCACCUUGGCCGUUUAACCUAGGCCAGAUAACCACUGUAGCUAUCAUCUUUCAAAAAUUUGUCGGUUUUUAUGGCACGGAAUUUUUUUUACACAUUUUCUAAAAUGUGUUCAAGAUAACAAAGCCACAAAAAAAAAAAAGUCUCUAGUUUCGAAAAUGAACAUUGUGACAGAAUUCUUUAUCAUAAGCAGAAGAGUUAACUACA